CGAGGUAGUACCCUGCACCGGACGGCGGGCGGCGGACAUGCUCGGAUGUGCUUGAAAAGUCUAGGCCGGCGAUACUCUAUGUAGAGUAUGUUACGGUACUGGCCCCCCAGGCACGACCAUGCGAUGCGCCGGGCCGCUGUACCCACCGUAUGUACCUGCUCUACCUGCCUGCUCCACCUGCCUGCUCCAUCACGUACUUGUGAUACUUCUUUGCCUUCGCAUCGUCCCAUCCCUAUCUCCCUCUCUCUCUUUCUCUGUCCCUCCCCAAGUGUGUCUCUCCCUCCCCCUCUGCGUUCGCCACUACCACUACCACUACCACCGGGAACUACGGUACUCUACAAACCCACUACGCUGCCGAGUACCCGCUGAUGGCCUAUGUACGAGUACUAGUAAUCUUCACAGCUUCCUUCCUUCCUUCCUGCGCAGAGCAUGACAGACAGCGUGUGGCACCUUCUCGAGAAAAUUUUCGUACGUAUGUGCGUAUGAUAUGUCGCUAAUCAUGUGGAGUACCGUAGUUGUCUGCCUACAUACGGUACUCCAGAUACGCUGCCCACGCGUCUACCGGUAUCCGUACGCGAUGAGGGCGUGCGUGGGUGCGAGCGAGAGAGAAGGCGUGGUGGAGACAGAGGGAGGGAGGGAGAGGUGGAUGCGUGGGCGUGGGCGUGGGCGUGGGGAUGGGGAUGUGAUGCAAGUGCGUCAUGCAUGCGC